AGGGCGGCAGGGUAGAUGAUGCAUAUUGAAGCUGCAGAUGUGGAUAUCCUGUCUGCACUGAACAUCAGCCCUACGGCUGGGCUAUGUGAGAUGCGGGUUGUUCACUUUCUAGUGGAGCAUUUAUUAGCAUUUGUCGCCUAAACAUACCCCGCCGGCAUAUCAUCGACCAUCGACAUCGACAUGUCAACCACAACCACAGCCACAGCCACAGACAUCCCAUCCCACCCAGCAAUCGGUGUCAUCCCGCAACUGCAUCUCCUGAAACAACACCAAGAAUCUCUUAGAGACUCUACUCUCGAGACUACAGUAUUCUGGACCUCACCUCACCCACUCCGAAAAUCACCGCCGCAUCGGCGAUUGGACCCCAAAACCCACCUGAACAACUGCCUCGCCAUCUCCCACCACAGCCACCACCACAACCCAAGACAUCCAUCCAUCGCAUAUACCUCUCCCUCGCCCUCAUCAAGCCUUCUGCGUUUGUGCGUACGACCUCGCCCUCACCGCCACCAAUGUCCCUCACCACCAUCGCCAUCGACCACCUGCCCCCAGGCCACGACGUUCACAUCGCCCUCUUCCACUCCAUCACCAACGCCGCUUUCCUGCACGCACAGCUGCUCGCCAGCAACACCGACUUCGAAUAUGCCCUCGUCGAUGCUGGCGUCAUCGUGUCGAAGGUGCAGAUCCUCGCUGCCGCAUUCAGGGCGAUAAACGAUAAUCUCGAAGGCCGACUGCGGACGCGGAACGUGCAUUCUGAGAUGGUCUUCUGUCUCAGCCCCAAUAACAACAUCGCAGAAUCCUUCCGCCGCUUCGGCGUCUCCCCCACCACCACCUCCCUAAUAGCCAUCAAAACCACCACCCCCUCCUCCCCAUCCUCCCUCACCCCCGCAUCGAUACAAGCGCACCUCGCCUCCGCCGUGGAGGGCAAGCAGGUCCCCUUCAGCGAUGAGGAGCUCGGCAUGGUGACGGACUGGGCGAGGGUGAGGAAGGUGUAUAAGCUCCCGCUUGUGGGACAGCAGGGGAAGAAGAAGGGGAUGGGGGAGGAGGAGAAGAGGGAGGAGGAGGAGAGGGAGAGGAGGGAGGUGGGGGUUCAGGUUUUGGGGGCUAUGGCGUUGAGGGGUGCGUCGUAG